AUGCCGCCUGCUCCAGCGAGUUCCACUUCCGUCGGAAGCGGUAGCCGAUCUCCAUCAAAACCCACCUCGGCACCACGGGCAUCUGCCGGAGGUUCCAGUACGUUGAAACAGCGCAAAACCACCACGACCACAACCGCUGCGAGGAAUCGUAAUACGGGCACCGGUUCGGGUGGUAUGUGGCGCUUCUACACCGAUGAUUCUCCCGGCAUUAAGGUUGGUCCCGUCCCAGUGCUCGUGAUGUCGUUGCUGUUCAUUGCCUCCGUUUUUAUGCUACACAUCUGGGGCAAAUACACCCGUGCGUAA